UACUAUUGAAUCUUCUAAAACUAAACAUUUAGAUCUUUACCCAAUCUUUGAAUUAGUUUUUGAAAAUGAAAAGAGUCAAAGAAAGCGGUGCGGAAUUCCGCAAAAAAAGGGCUAAGAAAGCAGCAGAUGCGAAAAAGUCUCAAGGUGCAUUACUGAAAUAUUUCAGUUCUAGUUCUGGUUCGAAAGCCACGUUAACGUCUUCGGUGGCAUCCUGCAGCAGUGGAAGUGAUUCCAGUGCACAAGAAGAAGACGUGCCUGGCGUCGCAGUUGGAAGUAGUUCUGGUCCCACCACAGAGCAGGGUCAAGACGAAGUCGACUCACCAGAUGUGCCUCAAGCAUCUAGUCAUAAGCCUGCAGAAAAAGUGAAUGUUGCCAAAGAAGACAUAAUUGAAAUCGUGCCUUCUGCUCCUGCCGAAGUCAAAGAUGUGAAUCUCGACGAUGUAGGUUGCUGGCCUUCUCCUAUGACCGACGAAGUCAGAACGCUUCUAGUACGUCGCGGGUCUGACUCAGUACAGCACAUCGAUUCCAAAUUUGCCGAUGUUGUUCGCUCAGGGACUUCAACGAAAGGCGGUACCCGAAAACUAACCAAAGAGUGGUUCUACAAACCAUUAUCUAAUGGCGAAAAGGUUCUCCGAACAUGGCUGGUGUACUCGCCUCUGAAGCAGUCUUUGUAUUGUUUUUCUUGCAAGCUGUUUGGCAAUUCCGGCUCGAACUUCGCAUCUGAAGAAGGAUUCAACAAAUGGUGGAAGCUAAAUCCAAGAAUCGGAGACCAUGAAAAUAACCUGGGCCAUGAACAGAGUUUCUUGAAAUGGAAGGAGUUGGAAGUUUGCCUGAACUGUAAAGCAACCAUCGAUCAGAAACAACAAGAAGUUUUCGAAAGUGAGGAGAAGAAAUGGAGGGAUGUAUUGUACAGGUUGCUGAAUAUUAUCCAGUUCUUAGCCAAACAGAAUCUGGCCUUCAGAGGACAUCGAGAAGACAUUCGAGGAGAUGAUAGUGGCAAUCGCGGGAACUUUCUAGAGUUAGUGCACCUCCUAGCUGAAUACGAUCCUCUUCUAAUGGAACACCUGACAAAGAUAAAGCUGGGAGCAAGAGUGUCAGUUCAUAUCUGUCUCCAGAAACCCAGAAUGAAUUUAUAAAUUUACUGGGACAGCAAGUUCGAUCCACCAUCAUCCGUCGUAUUCAAAAAGCUAAAUAUUAUUGCGUAAUCUUCGACAGUACACCAGACAUCUCCCACAAUGACCAAAUGAGCCAAGUUCUGCGAUACGUACAUAUCGAAGGAGAAAAAGUCGCUGUGGUAGAAUCUUUCAUUGACUUCUUCCAACCAAAAGGAAAAAAUGCAGAAGAUCUCAGCAACGAUAUAAUCGCGAAGAUAACAUCAGACGGACUGGACAUACAGAAUCUGAGAGGACAGGCUUAUGACAAUGCUGCCACAAUGUCAGGGAUCCACAAUGGAGUUCAAGCCCGGAUUAAAGCACUAAAUCCGAAAGCUCUAUUCGUUGCAUGCACAAACCACUCACUAAACUUGG